AUGCUGGCCAACCAUGACACACAGCGCCUUCGAGACGAAAUUAUUACCGCUGCCCUGCAUCUCGACUCACGACUCAUGGUCCUCGUCAAUAGCGCACACGAACUCCUCAAUAGCACCAAAUUUCGAUGGCCAGAUUUAUACAUGAAAAUUGUCUAUCAUAUGCUCGACCACGAGCAAUAUGAUAGAAGUAUUCGGUGGCACCUUCAACUUGCGCCAACGUUUCCACCAUCGACAGAGGUCUUUGGUGCCUUAUUCUCAAACUUUGUUGUCGACCAAUCACCGGUGAUGCAAAGCAAUUUAACAGCACUGUACGUUUCCAGCACAGAGAAACAAUUAUAUGAUCAUAUAGUUCCUGUGCUCUAUGCGGCCGGUCUUUCAAAACUUGCACGAGUAUGGAGGAAAAAGCUACUCGUAUUUCAAGACUUUCCAAGGACGAGCAAAUCCAAACCGUUUCUUCGAUUUCUUGCCCGAUUUUAUCCGACAAUCAAUUUGACUGCGGAGGAACGAGAGAUCGCAGGAUUUGCAGCCAGUGCUUUCGACACGAACCCUUCGAUUCCAGCAAAUAAUGAUUCAGAGUUAAGCAGGGGACAAUACAGUGAUGCAAUCGUGGCUCGAUGGUUUGCUAGCACAUGGACUUCGGUUGAGUUUGCCAUUAAUCUGGCGCAGAGACUGGGUCUCCGCGCCAUAGGGCCAAGAUCACUCCAAUCCCUCGCACUGCGAGAGUCCGACUCACAGGCGAUGGCAUCACGUAUUGCGCAAAUCGAAAAACUCGAUAUUACCAUUUCAAAUCAGGUCUAUUGCAAGGCACUGAUUUUCUUUGCUAAACACGGGGAAGAUGCACUCUUAGCGAGUCUUUUGGCUUGUGAUGUCCACCCAGAUGAGUUUGAUGACAUUGAAACCCGCCAAAUGCUAAUGGCUUCUUCUGUGCGGGAACAGAAUUGGCAAAUGGAAAGGUUACUUCAGGGUAUCGAGUGGGCAAUCGAAUAUGAUCCUGCAACUCGCAGACUCCACACACUUCUUAACUGCGAACUGUCAAAGCGGGGUGAACUUGAUAGAGCAAGACAUGUUCUCGAGCGUAUGGAAGCAUUAAAGGUCAACAUGGGUCAAGAAAGCGCCUUGCAGCUUCUGGAAAGAACCUUUCGAGGUCUGGGUAAACACCCUAAGGGACGGAAACGCCAAACAAGAGAUGGUUCAAGCAAGGAUUUCGAGGCUCUUCUGAAUAGAGCCCUCGACGUUACCCGUCGUGUUGCUUUACAUGACGUUGCUAUACCCUUGAAGUUCUGGAGCUUGUUGUUUUAUAAUCUUGGUCGUUUGGGUCGUUUUGCUGAACUGGAACAAUUAUCUCUGGAAGUAGUUCAGCUUUAUACACCACCAUUCGGCGGCUUGAUACCAAUUCAUGGCGAUGAUAUGCCGCAAACCGAGAGCAAAACAGGCAAAGAAGUCGGUAUGGUGCCGUGCCAAUUCAUAUCUCCAAUGCGGGAUAAGAGCAAUAUUAGCCGUUGUUCACCAAAAGAUGAUCAGCCACUUAGUGGUGCCAAGGCAAGUUUUGAGCUGCGAAAUGGGCAACAGCCAGGAAGCGAAGAUCCGUCGAAUGUCAAUCAAAAACUUGCUUCUAUUCCUGUUUUGAACGUUGGAAGCACUCGAGGCGAUACUAGAAUCGGGGACGGACUUGGCCCUGCAUCAGUCAAGGGAGAUUUGAAGGAGUAUAUCCCCGCAGACUUACCUUUUAGCCAUCGGAAACAUCCAAUACAGAGGUUAUUCAGUACACACCUCCAGCGAUCCAUUGUUAGAUGGGGCUUCGAUCAAACGUUGAAGUCGAAGCCAAGUUCGGUGGCACUCGUUGGUUCGCCUUCGACUGGAGUCUCAGCAUUCGAUGUAGCUAGUGGUGUACGGCUAUUAGCGUUAUUACGAGAUCAAGGCGUUCUAAUCGAUUCGCAAGUUCUCCGAACAACGAUUGUGGCGAGGAUUGCUCUAGGACAAGUUCCAGGUCGUCAAAGGCAUAGAUCCCGAGACAGGCAUGAGCUGUCAGUAGAGCACAUGAAAGCAUUGUUUGAUGAGGCGUGGGGAUCUGAAAUUCUUCCCAGUCCUUCCGAAAUAACACGACAGAUUGAACAUCAGAAGCCUAGGCUGUGGAGCAGAUACUCCAAGCUAUUCGGUCAGUCAUUUGACAAGGGCCAAAAGGAAGGCGACCAGCGGGGUCAACUUUGA